UUGGCAGUACUGUCGGAAACUAUUCUGAAGAUUUCUGUAUCAUCCUUAGAAAAGGAAAGGAGGUUGACGGCUGUUUAUGAUAAGUUUUUUUUUAUAUUGAGAAGAAAUUCAUAUAUUGUGUUCGUGCAUGGGAAAAAAAAAAUUUCAUUCUGCAAUUAUCUGUAUAGAUAGAUUUGUAAUAUCCUAGAAAUAAUGUCUUAUAAAAAUUGAAUCAUCGUCAUUUUAGUAUUGACCGCACCCCGCUGACGUUUUUCCUUAAAUUUAUUAGAAAAAAAUGACAGUGGUGCAUAAUCUGGGUGUUGAUGUUAUAAGUUAUCAUGCUUGGAACAAAGACAGAACAGAAGUAGCAGUAUGUCCAAAUAAUAAUGAAAUUCAAAUUUACAAGCAUUCCUCUUCGGGAUGGAAAUUACUUGAUACAUUACAAGAACACGAUAUGCAUAUUAUGGGCGUAGAUUGGGCACCUCGUACUAAUCGUAUUGUUACCUGUUCAGCAGAUAAAAAUGCAUACGUUUGGACACAAGGAAAAGAUGGAAAGUGGAAUCCUGCAUGGGUUUUAUUAAGAAUAAAUCGGGCUGCCACGUGUGUAAAGUGGUCUCCUUUAGAAAAUAAAUUUGCUGUUGGUUCUGGAGGCAGGGUAAUAGCAGUUUGUUACUUUGUAUCAGAAAAUAAUUGGUGGCUUUGUAAACACAUAAAGCGUCCUUUAAGAUCAACGGUAACAACAGUUGAUUGGCAUCCAGAUAAUAAAGUUUUGGUUGCUGGAUCAACGGAUUAUAAAGUUCGAGUAUUCAGUGCUUUUAUUAGUGAUAUGGAAGAUGCACCAGGAACGUGUGCUUGGGGAACAAGUAAUACAUUGGGCACAUUACUUGCUGAAUUCCCUAAUACAAAUAAUGGAGGUGGUUGGAUACAUUCGGUUGCAUUUAGCCAAUGUGGCAAUAAAAUUUGCUGGGUAGCACAUAAUUCGUCUAUAUGCGUCGCAGACGCUACAAGGGGCAAUAUAGUUUAUAGGCUUUAUACCGAACAUUUACCAUUUUUAAGCUGCAUUUGGGUGGGUCCCAAUUCCAUUGUGGCCACGGGACACAGUUGUAUGCCCAUGUUAUAUUCUGUGGAUGACAAUGGACAGAUUUACUUUGUAUCAAAAUUAGAUAACAUGCAAAAAAAAGAAACCGCUGGAUUGUCUGCCAUGAGAAAAUUCCAAUCCUUAGAUCGUCAAGCACGAAAUGAUUCCAAUGACAAUGCAUUAGAUAGCAUUCAUCAAAAUACAAUUAACUGUGUUCGUCAAGUAUCGGAUAAUGAAUUUAGUACAAGUAGCCUAGAUGGCCAAUUGGUCAUUUGGGAUUUGAAGUCUUUGGAAAAUUCCAUUGCUGGACUGAAGAUAGUUUAAGGAAUACUUUUUUUUACAAAACCAAGAUUAAAGGUAUAUGAAAUUGAAGAGUGUAUAAUAUUGAAAUAAAUCGUACAUUAAUCCUGCUAAUUUUAUUCUUGCUCCUGUUCAACUGAAAACUUUAAUAUACGGUAUAAAAUACAUGAAAGUGUGUUGUAAAGUGCAUUAUCAGAAAGCAAUAAACAAAUAACAAAUACAGUUA